UAUACGUGCAUUGACGUAUUCACGGAUCUAGAAAAAAAAUAGUGUAUGAUUCACGUGACAAUUGUCAGAUGUCAAAGACCAAUUAACCUGGAAUAAUAUUUAUAAAAAAUAUAUUUUAAAAUCAUAGAGCAAAAUCUAGGUGUGUUUGUAGGAUGUUUCAGAGAUCACCAAAUUUUUUUCAAUUACUCGAUAAAGCCACGAGCCAUUUGCAUCUUGAUCCCGACUGGCCGACGAUUUUACAAAUUUGUGAUUUCAUACGCCAAGGAGACAUACAACCCAAACCAGCUCUCGCAGCCAUUAAGAAAAAGAUAACUAAUCCAAAUCCUCACGUUUCUCUUUUUGGUCUUCUUGUAUUAGAGUCAUGUGUGAAAAAUUGUGGAAGUUUGAUCCAUGAUGAAAUAGGUACUAAGCAGUAUAUGGAACAGUUGAAAGAAUUAGUUAAGGCAACAACUCACGAAGAAGUUAAAACUAAAAUACUUGGAUUGAUUCAAGCUUGGGCAUUUGCAUUUAGAAAUAGUCCUAAAUAUACUGCUGUUAAGGAUACUAUGAACAUAAUGAAAGCAGAAGGAUACAUGUUUCCCGAGUUAAAAGAGAGCGACGCAAUGUUCAGCGCAGACACAGCACCCGAGUGGGCUGAUGGUGAAGUUUGUCAUCGAUGUCGUGUUGCCUUUAGUAUAGUGCAACGCAAACAUCAUUGUCGAGCUUGCGGGCAAGUUUUUUGCGGUCAAUGUUCUAGUAAAACAACAACAUUACCUAAAUUUGGUAUCGAAAAAGACGUACGAGUUUGCGAUGCUUGUUACAUUGUCAUGAAUAAACCCAGUACUGCCUCGACAAAAGAAACUGAUUUGCCGGUUGAAUACUUGAGCAGCUCACUCGCUCAACAGCAACAAGUUCCGCCACGAAAGACUGAAGAAGAGUUACGUGAAGAAGAGGAACUGCAGCUGGCGCUUGCAUUGAGUCAGAGUGAGGCUGAACAGAAAGAAAAAGAUAAAAAACGCGCGACAAAUGCAUACAAGAGCAAUUCUAUAUCAACAUCACGAACGACUUAUUCUCCUCCGCCAUCUCCAGGCCCUAGUCCAUCGAAAAUUCAUGAAGAAGAAACCGAUCCCGAGUUGGCAAAGUAUCUAAACCGUAAAUAUUGGGAACAAAGACAGAUAGUAAAUGAAGAGCAAACUGGUGGUUCACGUGCUGAUGUCACCAGUCCAUCAGCACCCAACAUCGGCAGCCCGAUGCCUCAACGGGUCGUCGUUGCCAAGCAGCAGAAUGGUGACAUUGACAUCCACCUGGAUGAGUUUGUCAACAACUUGAGAUCCCAAGUUGAAAUAUUUGUUAACAGAAUGAAAAGCAAUUCAUCGCGUGGCAGAUCUAUUGUCAAUGACAGUUUCUUUCAAAGUCUGUUUAUGAACAUCACUGCGAUGCACUCGCGACUGCUUAAGUACAUCCAGGAACAUGAUGACACUCGACUUUAUUACGAGGGCCUGCAGGAUAAACUGGCUCAGGUGAAAGAUGCGAGAGCUGCGUUGGAUGACUUACGGGAGGAGCAUCGCAAUAAGCUGCGGCGUGAAGCUGAAGAGGCUGAAAGACAGAAGCAAAUGCAAAUGGCUAUGAAGUUGGAUAUUAUGAGGAAGAAAAAGCAGGAGUACUUGAAUUAUCAACGACAAUUGGCUUUGCAGAAAAUUCAAGAACGUGAGCGGGAGCUUCAGAUGCGUCAAGAGCAACAGAAGCAGCAGUACAUGAUGGGUGGCUAUCAAACGGUUCCUAAUUAUAUGGGUCCAUCACAAGGCUCACCAAUUCGUCAUGUUCAGUAUCAAGUUCCUGGUACUAAUUACAAUCCCAUGUCUCCAACAACCCAAGGCGUUUAUUCAUAUGGCCCAUCAUCAAUGGGCCCAUAUCCGAUGCCAAAUUAUUCAAUGUCUCAAAUGGGUUCUCUUCCGCCUCACAUGAUGCCCAACAUGCCAGUGACUCAAGACCAACCUCCUCAGUCUGGUCCCAAUGAUUCAAUGAUUCAGUCACGUGACAACAUGACUCCAGCAUCACAACCUGGAAUGAUGCCGCAAAUGUCAAAUGUACCAUCAAUGACACAAAUUCCCGGAGCCGGACAUCAAAUGACAUUACCAGGUCAGCAUGGGCCGUCGUCUGGACACAUGGCGCCUCGUAUAGGUCCUCAGUCCAACGAGAUUUCUCAAUCAGUGCCUCCAGCGAAUGCUUCUCAAAUUGGAUCGGCUCAGGGAGCAAUGCACGGUCCCCCUGGACACAUGGGCAUUCCUCAAGCAUCCGGUGGUGUUCAAAUGCCGCAAGGAAUUCCUCAACAAAUGCCUCAGCAUGUCGCCGGGGCAAGUAAUAUUCCACCACCACAAGCUCCUGGAUCCAUCCAAAUGCCUGGUGGUGGCGGGGGUGGUAAUAACGGCAGUAACACCCAGAUUUCACAGACACAAAUACCAUCAAUGAACCCAUCGCAACCUAUUCAAUAUCCGGCAUCAGUUCCCGCGACAAUUUCGUCAGCACAAACAGAACCGCGACAGAUUGAAAUUAAAAAAAAUGAUGAUAAUACUGCUGAGCUUAUAUCUUUUGAUUAA